CAGCGCACGCCUCCCCGCCCCGCCCCGCCACGCCACCCUUUGGUGCCUUCCUUCGCCGGUAUAUAAACCAGCACGCGACCCCGGGCAUCAGCAAUCGACGUAACACCAGCACUUUCACCACUUUGCGUCGAGCUUCCCGCGCGCACCCACGCUCUUGAUCAUUGCCGCCGUAGCCUGCUCGGGACGUACGGACGUGCCAUCCGUCGUAUUUUAUUUUCGCAGCAAUGCGCAUGGCGCCGGUGGCGGCAGGAAGAGCCCACGGCGCUUGGAGCAGCGCACCACGCGCGCUCUCCGACCGGCGCGGCCUCCUGUCAUCAUCUCACGACGUCGCCGCCACGGCGACGGUUCGGUUCGGCGCUCGUCGCGCCGGCGGGAGCAGAGUGAUCCUCUGCCUCGCGUCGGGAGGUGGUCACCCGCGGGACAGCGGCGAGUGGGAGCCCGCGGGCUCGCCGUGGGACGGCCGGAUGGUGGACGAGGGCAUGGCCACGCUGCGGCGGCGCAUCCGCGAGGUGGAGGACGAGGAGGAGGAAGAGCCAGAGCCAGAGGAGGAGGGCGGCGUCGACCUCUUCGUGCCCCCGGGCGAGUGGACGGAGCUGGAGCGGCGGCACCACGGGCUGUACGUCGCGGGCGUGCGCGAGGCGCUCGGCAUCCUGUUCGCGCUGCUGGUGCGCGCGCGGCCGGGGCUCGGCGCGGGGGUCGUGGCGCUGGUGCUGCUCAGCGUGCCGGCCUCGGUGCUCCUCGUGUCCGCCGAGCUCGUCCGGGCUGUCCACUCCAUCUCGGCCGCCGUGCUCAGCGGCAGAAUGUAGGAUUGUAGUACGUAUUUUCUGCCUUGUGCACGCGAUGGUUCUCCUUCUUCCCAAUUCCAGGGAAGAAUCAUUCAGGGAAGAAUCAGAUGAUGUAUAGUACUCCCUUCAUAAAGAAAUAUAAGAGCAUUUAGAUCA